CAUCAGCCCUUGGCAUUUCAUUAUAGUAGAUGUACAACAAUGACAGGAAGUUCUCUUGAUUGUUGGCUUAGACUGCUGUAUCUUUUCGUACCAAUCACUGGAGUCUAUAACUAUGAAUUCAAAAAUUAUAUUUGUCUUGGUGAUGCAGCGGAAUUUCUCAACGCAGAAGAUUUAGUAUGCAGAAGUACGCUAGGAAAAGUAAAAGAGUGGUUAACGAAUAAAUCAAACGAUGCAAAAUGUGGCUCGAACGCAGUUUCCGAAGUUUCUUUCAAAUACGAUGAUGCCAGAAAGGAUUUUCAAAAAUUUUCUUUUCAUACAGCAAAACUACAAAUCUUAAACGAGGAUAAAGUCAAGUCAUUUACAACUUGGAAACCAAUUGCUUGUGCUAAUGCUCGGGAUCGUACAUUUGGAACAUUUUUCAUCAAUUUGAACUGGCAGAUUAAUGUUGAUUUAAAACUGGGAGAAUCAUGUAACGAAGAUAAUCAAUGCAUAAAAACUGGUUACAACAGACAUUGUGACAGAACAUUUUCCAUUUGUUCGUGUAUAAAUGGAUUUACAGAAAUUAAUGGUCAUUGCUUGAAAAGUGGAUUGAAAGUUAAUGACACCUGUUUAUAUGAUGAGCAAUGCAAUAAAACAACCAAUAGUACUAUCUGUAGAGAACACGUUUGUGUCUGUAUGACGGAUUAUAUUUAUAAAGAUGGAAUAUGCCAGCCAUUUUUUGCAGAAAUUACAGCGACUGACUGGUCCCAAGGCAGGUGGUCCAAAACUACAGCUGCCCUUUUGAACCCCGAAAACAAUAUUUACAAUCAGACAAUCACGAAAUCGAACAUAAGACAUCUGAUUGUUGCAGCAAGUGCGGGAUUUACUUUGGGCAUACUUGGAUGUUUAAGUGCAACAUUAAUCAUCAAUAGAUGCAACAGAAAAUGUAAAUAUAAAAGGUGCAAAAAGUUACCGAUUGUAAAUAAUGUGAGCUAUGAAAAUGAUGUAAAUUUUUCUCCCCACAUGGAAGCAGAAGCCUCAUUUUCAAGGGAACAAGUCAUAUUCACACCAGAAUACACAAAUGUUGGAGGAACCGAGCAUGGAGACUCGGAUACAUACAACCAUCUUCAUGAGAGAACUUACAGGCCAGACACGAAUGAUUAUGACCAUGUACAGCAUAUAAGAGGUGUAUUGAUCAGUAGAACUUUGAAAACUUAGUUUACAAAACUGUAAACAAAAAUACUUUCUUUAAUUAUAAAUGCUUGUAUUCUGCAUAUGUGUGUCAAUAAUAUAAAUGAGUUAAAGUU